UUUCACUUACAGGCCAAGGAUGCGGCUCAUCGCGGCGAUUCUCGUCGUCGCUCUCUCGGAUGCAGCGAUGUGCGGCCAAGACUUCGGCGGUCACGCGCUCUUUGUGAGAACCGCGGACGCGGAGCCCGCACGCUCGAGAGUCCAACGGGCUGCUGCCACGGUAUCGCCGGCAGACAUGAUGGCACAAAAUAUCCUAGAGUGGAUUCAAGGCAUCUACCAGCAGGGCACACGUAAAAUUCGCCAGCAAUCAGAUUCAAAUGCGUACUUGCCGCCCUUCAGCACCCAACGACCGCCCGAAAAACCGCGACCCUUCCAGCCAGCUCCUCAACAAAACGAUGUAACGGGUUACACUCCUCAACGGCCGUCGUCGGUCUACACUCCGCCGAUUAUCGGUUACUCAUCCGGGCAACCUUCCACGCCAUUUUCUACACCGAGACCAAGCCAACAACCCUCAUCGACAUACGUGCCGCAAGGCUUCAGAGGCUCCUCGUCCUACAGCCCUCGACCGAGUCAGCCCUCGUACACUAACGCGGGUUCGUCGGCCUUUCCGCCACUGAAUCCCCCGGAAACGUCGUCCACUUACCUUCCGCCGCAGCCGCCGUCUUACCCGUCGACCAGUCCACGACCGCCUCCUUCCAUCGGACCCUCAGGACCACCCCCGACAAGAGGCUAUCCCAGUCCGACCGGGGGAUCUACUUCGACGGGUGGAUAUUCAACUCCCGGAAGACCAUCCCCUCCCUUUACUACACCAGGUGAAGUUGACGCAGGCACUAAUGUAGGUACUCCAGGAGUUCCAGGAGGAGGUCCUGGAACUCCUGGAAUUCCUGGAACUCCUGAAACUCCUGGAACUCCUGGAACUCCUGAAACUCCUGGAACUUCUGAAACUGAAACUGGAGAGACCGUUGAUGACGAUCUCAAUCAUCCCCCGCAUAUCCAUAAUCUUGACGUCGAAUGCAGUAAGGACAUGAUGACAAUCAAUAUCGAAUUCAAUCGAGCUUUCGACGGUGUUAUUUAUUCUAAGGGAUUUUAUAUGAACCCGGAAUGUACCUACGUAAAACAAAAUUCUGGCUCGACGAUGUAUUCUUUCACCGUGAAUCUAGAUACCUGCGGAACUCAGUUCAUCAACGAUUUCGAGGGUGAAGCUGGUCAAGCGUAUUUGGAAAACGUCCUCGUAUUACAAAAUGAACCGGGUAUACAAGAAGUCUGGGAUACAGUUCGAAGAGUACGAUGCCUCUGGGAAGGGAACAUCAAUAAGGCCCUAACGGUGAAUCUCUCAGUAGAUAUGUUGAACCAGGAGAUCGUUACCUUUAGUGGCGAUACUGCGACAGCUAAACUGGAUAUUCAAAUCGGCAAAGGACCUUUCGCACCCGCAGCCGAUGGACUCGUAAAGAUCGGAGAAACAAUGACCUUAGUAGUCUCCGUGGAGGGCGAUCCUGGUUUCGAUCUUCAGGUACGCGACUGUUUGGCGCGAGACGAAGCCUCGACCAACAUGCUGCAGCUCACCGACGAAAGAGGCUGCAUUUUGAAACCGAAGCUGUUCGGUGCUUUCCAAAAGACUAAGGACACCGGCAAUACAGGCGCUUCUAUUAUCGGUUAUGCGUUCUUCCAAGCCUUUAAAUUCCCCGAUGUUAUGGAUUUGUACAUCGAAUGCAACAUCGAGCUAUGUAAAACUAAUUGCGAACCUUGUCCGGAAGCAAAUCAACAAAUCGAGCCAGGAAGACGUCGUCGAUCGGUAACAUAUGCACCACCUUCGAGCAACUGGACGAAUUCGGUUCUGUUAUCAGAUCCGGUUCGUGUUGGGCGGCGUUUCAAAGUAAUCAUGUUAGAUGACUUGAGCACAGCGUCCAGUCAGGUCCUAGAUAGUAUGGAGGAAACGGCUGUUGAAACGAUGAUAAAAGCGAAAGAGGUCUGCAUGAGUAACAGUGGAUUUUACACGACCUUCUUCCUUAUGUUGAGCACAAUCUUCGUCGCGACUAUAAGCGCGGUUGUAUUAUAUGUUAAAUUGCAACGAAUUCGCAGACCGAAAUUCGUGGAUUCGUAGGAUGGUAUUAUUGUUGUAAUAUCUUUAUCGUAAUAAUACCAGAAAGUUUACGUAGGAAAUGACGAGCGCGUGCCAGUAAUCAAAUAACUUAAAGUAAGAGGAUUAUCUUAUCGCUUCGUAAUCAUUCAACCACAAAGAAAUUGCUGAACAUCGAAAGAAAACAUCCUAAAAUAUUUAAAAUAGCUGUUAUUCAACAAUUGCAAACAGCAGAAAUUUUAUUCAGCUUGUUGCUUUUAAUAUUUAUAAAUAGAUUUUUAUAAAACGUUAUUUUCAUUCAAACAGAAAACUUAUUCUGCUCGAUGGCAGAACAGAGAAGUAGCCAUAUUUUACUUAUUAAUUUAUAAAUAUCUAACAAGCUACUCGUGCAGUCCUCGAAUAACGAGAGUGCUCAUUUUGUGUAAUGCUUGAAUACCGAUGCGUGGUGGUAUUUAUUGCGAUAU